AUGUCGACGACGACAACGACAACCACCAGAACCGAGCCACCCAGCACCAAUUCUCCAUCCAAGCCAAUCCCCUCAACGUCAAGAGCCUGGCUGCUCAAAGCGUUCAACCAACCCUACGAGCUCUGUGAUAUCCCGACCCCAACGCUCGACGAUCCCCAUGACAUCCUCAUCCGCGUGACCGCUGCCUCAUACUGCCACACGGACGCUCUGGUCGCCCAAGGCAUCGUCCCACCACUACCGCCCCUACCACACGUCGGCUGCCACGAGUACGCCGGCGUGGUUGUUGCUCUGCCGGAAGGUCAAUCAGUGGCAACUCAUGGCUUCAAAGUAGGCGAUCACGUUGCAGUUUCUGGACGCGGAAAUCACGUUUGUGGCGACUGUCUGGAAUGCGACGACGACUCUGCCGUGCUACCGGAUGCCAAGGGCUACAGCGUGUACUGUCCAAGCUCGGGAGCCGGACUGGGUGUUGAUCGACCAGGCGGUUUUCGGGAAUAUGCUGUCGUUGAUGGUCGGCAGGUCGGGCGUGUACCAGCGGGCUUGAAGGGCGUGGAGGUGGCGCCGCUGAUGUGUGCUGGACUGACGAUCUACACUGCUAUCAGAAAGUUGAACUUGACGCAAGGGCAACGAGUUGCGAUACUAGGUUGUGGCGGUGGUCUCGGUCAUCUCGGUCUACAGUUUGCCGCGAAGAUGGGCCUUAGAGUCUUGGGCAUUGACAUCACCGGCCGAGCACUAGAGCUGGCAAGGUCACUCGACCUACCGAACAACGUCCAAAUCGUGGAUGGAAAGGACGAGAAGAACGGGGCAGAGCAACUUCGCAAAGCGAUGGGUCAAGAAGACGGCAGAAAAUACUUCGAUCAAAUGGGUGUGGACGCAGCCAUAAUCUUACCGGAGUCACAGAAGGCUUUCGACCUUGGAUGUGCGUUGACGAGAAAUGGUGGCAAGAUCAUGGUGUUGAGCUUCCCACCUGAAGGCUUCCAUUUUUCGGCUUUCGAUGUGGUUAUUAGGAGGUUGAGUGUUGAAGGUAGUCUGAUUGGAAGCAAUCGGGCGAUGGAGGAGAUGUUCGAAUUUUGCGUGCAGCACGGCGUAAGGGCGAAACUAACAACGUACGCAUUUGAGGAUUUGAAUCAGUUGGUGGAGGACUAUCAUAAGGGGAAACCUGGAAAGCUGGUGAUUGAUGUUGGGAAAGGCCGAUGA